AUGAUGGAGGUGCCGCUUUGCUACGUCGCUGCCACCUUGGUAAAGGAACUCUGGAAUUUUAAAGUUCCAGACUUCGGCAAAAAUGCCGCAGAGUCAUGGAUGCUUGAACAUCUUAAACGAGGAGAGCAAGAACCACAGGCAGAAAAUGUCACCUUGAGCAUAGAACAACAAAUUCUCUAUCCCCUGAUUCGGAACGAAUUCAGGACUUCGGCUGACAUUUUGUGGAAGGUUGCCCGGUGCGGCAGUCCUGAUGUAGUUUGGGGAUGGGACCAGACACACCCUCCAGAACUAAGAUGGAUCAUUUUCACCUUGCUCGACCCUCCGGAAGCUGGCCUGGGCCAUCCAGGAAGUGGCAAUUUACUUGCUUUCUCGGUGAUGCUGGUGCGGACGUUUCAGGGGGCUCUACUCGAGCAUGCCACGGAUCUGAGACGUCUGGGCGUGGAACUUGCCAAGAAGUAUGAAGGAAAAAUGGCCGAACUAUUCGCACGAACGAAGGGCUGGCCAGAAAUGGUGCGCUUUGCCUGGGGCAAGUUCAGGGAG